AUGUCCUGGAAGGAGGAGUGUAUGAAUCCACCCCCAUGUUUUAUCCAGCGGCUGGACCACCUUGUGUUGACUGUGAAGAGCAUCAAGGACACGGUGGCCUUUUAUUCCAAAGUCCUGGGCAUGGAGGUGGUGACUUUCAAGGGAAAUCGCAAAGCUUUACGUUUUGGCAACCAGAAGUUUAACCUACAUGAGGCUGGGAAGGAGUUCGAACCCAAGGCUCGGUGCCCAGUCCCUGGCUCUGCAGAUAUCUGCCUUAUCACACAAGUGCCCCUGGACCAGCUGCUGGAUCAUCUGAAGGCCUGUGGGGUGAUCAUUGAAGAAGGUCCCGUGGCCAGAACUGCUGCCAUGGGUCCAAUAACAUCCGUCUACUUCCGAGACCCUGAUGAGAACCUGAUUGAGGUUUCCAGGUACAGCACAGAUGUGAUUGCAGUCAGUGGAGGGGAACCCUAA